GGAUCGAUCUUUCCCAUUCUCCCGAGUUACCACGGAGCGUUGGUAGAAUAUACGCUGCUCCACCGUGCGUCCGAAAUCUAACCCAUGGCAGCCCCACAGUUACAAAGUCAACAUGUGAUGCUGGGCUCCCGCGAACGUUCGCAACCGGUGACACCGCGACCCAACAUAGUAGGGUCACCCGCAUUUCUUCGGACACUCAGUCCUUGUUUACCUCUGGCAAAGCUGACUUGGCUAUAAAGCAACAUACACCAUCACCAGGCUCACGUUAUCCUCGCCUUCCAUCAAUUUUAUCGAUGCAGUUGCCAGUCUCGCCUCCAACCACUCCAAAAGACGCUGACAAUAUUAUGGAGAUUGUAAGGCACCCAUCCCCGCAAAGCGCAGUGCCUAGUCUAUCUUCUUCUCCGGUCAACCGACUACCUCGUGAGUUUCAGAAUCCGAGCGCACCGCUGGACGUUCAAGUUGACAAGCCCCCCAUGAUGAUGUCACAUACUUCCACAGCUGUUCACACAACCACGCUGGACUCCACUGCGCUGAGCGUUUUUCACUCAGAAGAAGAUCAAACUAAAUAUCGUCUCAAAGGAAGCAGUUCAAGUAGUGGAUGUGGACCCAGCCCAUCAACGACGGUACCAGUGGCGUCCAGUUCGUCUGCCUCUUCAAGCCUGUGCGAAUCAGCGCCUCUCCGAGCAACCCCACUGAUUACGGAGUCCACCUCCCCGGGUUUACCAAAGUCAGUUUUUGCGCGAGAACUGCGUCAACAUCACAGGCAUUCCGAUGGUCCGUCAUCUGAUGACGGUAGCUGUCCAACAACCGAUAGCAUUUUAAACUGGACUAAGUCAGACCGAAAGGUGGAUGUUGCCGACAUUCGCAAUGAGUUCAUAUCGAUACUGUCAUCUGGCGUACAGUCCCGAGCGGACACUGUCGAUCCUGGCACAGUGCGACCUCCCGCGUCCGUACUGAUAUCGCGGACAGAGCGCUUCUCAAAGGCCCUUAAGGCUCGGUUAGACUAUUUGAGGACGAUUUCUUGUCGGGCACAUGAUGAAGCAGAGGCAGUCGCCCAGUUGGUGAAUGCCAUUGGACUACAAUGCUCAACUGCCUCCAAGAUCAUUUCUCAGUGCAAUAGCGGUUGCACAAUAGACCGGGGAAAACCAUCAGUCUGUUUGCCCGAAGUUCAAGACACCCUAUACCGGAUUCUAAUGGGCGUCAAUAUGCUUUUACACAACCAACUUUUGGACAGCGCACUGUUGUUGGGGCAAGAACAGGGCAAGGAAUUUCCAAGUGCUCGAAAAUUGCCCCCACGUGAUCGUGCGCGGCUGAGGCAGGUCGCGCGACGUCGUGCUACGAUCCCGUUGAACUGCUCAUCAGAUUCAGAAUUCGAUGAACUAAUUGGGAUAAAACACAAACUAAUGGUGGAUGCUCUCCGGCAUUGUCGUCUCGAACUGAACUCCAACCGCCAAACUGUACGUUGUCCAAGGUGCAAGAUUCAGAUCUAGUCGCCAUCCAUCGGGGCACAACGUGCGCAUUUACUUCCUUUCACCAAUCAUGCUUCCGUAUAUAUUGCAGUCUUCCGUCAUCCUUUGUUUCUUUUUCGCCUCUCGGCAACUGAUUGUCUCUAGAUAUUUCCACUUUUUAAAUGAUGGUUUUAUGAAACAGUAAAUAAAUGUGUGUAAAUUAU